AUGUCUGCGACCGUUUAUCUCAUUUCUGGUGCCAAUCGCGGAAUCGGGCUGGGCAUGGUGGCUCAGUUGGCAGCACGAGAUAAUGUGCUUGUCGUUGCAGGCGUUCGUCGUCUGGACACCGGUGUUUCGGAACUGCACGCUCUUCAGGCGCGGUAUCCAGGCAAGAUCCGUAUCUUGAAACUGCUGUCCACCGAUAAACCGAACAACGAAGCCGCCAUGGCCGAGAUCAAGAAGGACGUCGGUAGGUUGGAUGUCGUCAUAGCCAAUGCUGGGAUAUGCAGCGAAUUUGCGCCCACAUUGGAGCUAUCAGCCGACGCGAUCCGAGAACAUCAUGAGGUCAACGUGCUCGGCCCUCUCAUCCUGUUCCAAUGCGCGUACCCACUGCUAUCGACUACCGCCAGUGCUCCGAAGUUUGUUGUCAUCUCGGCCGGAAUGGGAAGCUUUGCUAUUGGUCCAUCAAUUCUAGCAAAUAUGACUGCCUACGGUAUGAGCAAGGCAGCUGUCAACUGGGUGGCUGCCAAGCUUCAUUAUGAGCAUCCUGAACUUGGUGUGUUUUCUGAAUCGCGAAGAAGGGACCAGAGCGAUGCUGACAAGGAGGCACAAGUCACGCUGGCAAUACACCCCGGAGUGGUCGACACGGAUAUGGCAACGACAGCGAUCAACAAUGAACCUUUGCUCAUCGCCAACGCACAAGUCAUCACAGUCGAGGAGUGUAAGGGAUACGUAGAUAUCCCCAUACUUACCAUAUACGGUAACACCGCCUCUAGGGUCAUCGGAUCGUCCGAUGGACUUACACAUAGUGGGUGGCUGUAG